GAUGUUUCUGCACCUCUAAUAAAAACCUAUGUAAUGGAAAAGGAUGCAUAAAUGGCUCUUACGAAGGUCUAUAAUGCUGCCACAGCCUUUAAGAACUUGGGCGGCGUUCUCAACGUGUACAAACCUGCAGGCAUGAAGGUAAAGCACGUGCGCAAUGCCAUUCUUAACAACAUUUGCAAGGGACUCAACAAAAUGGUGCAGCGGGAGCCAGGUAAAUUGCGGGAAGGCAGAUUCCUGGGCACAGGUACAGCCGCUGAUCCUGUACUGCACAAUAUUGCUUUCCAGACGGAUCUGUCAGACCACGUUCUUUCCGCCGGACCUCGAUACCUUCCUCGAGACCUGAGCUGCUCCACAGUGUCCAGCCUGGGGGAUCACACCAGUGGAGUCCUUCUUUUCGGGAUCAAUAGGGGAACGGGUCAGUCUAGCAGCAUACGAAAAAGCCGGCCAGUACGGGUCUACCACAUAACCGGCCGCCUUGGCAGCGCUACAGAGAACCACUUGCCAGACUCACGAGUCACUAUGCGCGCUAACCAUCGACACGUGUCAGCGGACAGGAUUAGCGGUCUGGCCGCCUCCAUACAGGCCUCUCACCAGCGCAAAAUGUUUGAGCUCUGUGGCGUUGAUUUGCAGACCCAGGAGGCAUACGAACUGGCCUGUAAGGGGCUCCUUCGCCCAGCGGACGAAAGCCAACCCGUUGUUUACGGCAUAAGGCUUGUCCACUUUGAGCGGCCGCACUUUACGUUGGAACUGCACUCUAUCAACGAGACGCAGGAGUACCUGGUCGCCCUAGUGCACGAUUUGGCCUUGGAAUUACGCACUGCCGCGCAUUGCUCCCAGCUGCGCUGCGUGCGGCAUGCCCACUUUGAUGUUAGGGAUAGUCUGCUCAGAAACUCUUGGCACUUGCCAGGCAUCAUAAAGAACCUGCGCCAUCAACGAGACAUACUACGGGCGCACAAUCAACAGCACCGAGUCGAGCUAAAAGCCAUACACUAAU